AUGCAAGAAUUCCCAGAGGCGCCUGUUCCACUUAUCACGUUUAGUGAAGACGAAGAUCAGCUCAAAGUGAAUGAAGACGCUUUGGAACUGUUGCGUUGUAUAGAUGGACAUCUUGCUGUGGUAGCUAUGGCAGGUCCUUAUCGCACAGGUAAAAGUUCCAUGCUUAAUUGGUUGCUAGACAGACAGAGCGGGUUCCGUGUGGGCCCCACAAUUGAGCGCUGUACACGUGGUAUUUGGCUCUGGGGACAACCACAGAAGCGAAUAAUGAAGAAUGGAGAAUUUGUCUGGGUUUUAAUGCUGGAUACGGAGGGCAUGGGCGGCCUCGAGGCUUCACCUCAGUAUGACGCACGUAUCUUCUCAUUGGCCACGUUACUAUGCUCCAAACUCAUUUAUAACAGUCAAGGAAGCGUGGAUGAGAAGGCCAUUGGUGGAUUAAGUUUUAUUGCUAAUUUGGCAAAGCAUAUUAAGUUUAGUGCUUCGGCAGAUGAGAGUGAAGAUGAAGCUGUGAUGCAGUUUCACAGCUUUUUCCCGUCCUUUUUGUGGGUUGUUAGAGACUUUACAUUGGAGUUAGUUGAUGAAGAUGGAGACACGAUCUCAAGUAGCGACUAUCUGGAGCGAGCAUUGGCAGAUCAACCGCGCACUAUAGCAAAUACAGAGCGGAAUAGGAUUCGUGCUAUGAUGAAGGACUUUUUUUCGUGA